UUAUUCGUCCGUGUUAGUUCAUGUUCAUAGAUAUAGAGCGAUUUUAAUUUAUAUAAUGUUUUGCAAAGAAAAUUAUAACUUGAUCCUUUACAUAAUCGGCGAAUCGAGAUUUAGAAGUAAAGAAGUAAUUUAAAUAAUUAGGAAUAAAUCAACAGGAGACGAGAAAUUUAAAGUUAAAAGCGGUCCUAUAGUGAAACGAGAAAUUUUGAGGUUAGGAAAUAAUAAUAAAAAAAUACGCAGAAAUGAAUACCGAAGAAAAUUGGCGAAGUUAUACUGAUAAAACGUACGUAAAAAUUAAACCUACGAAACAAUUGGAUAGUCAUAUUAAUAAAAUUCAAGAUAUGAAAGCCCAAUUAAACGUUGGAGAAUAUCAGCAUAGAAAACCAGGUGUGUCUCUUACACAAUUUCUACGAACAGAAUUAACAAGAGGCUAUCAGUUAGAGAAUGAUGAGGAAAGUUUCUCUGCAAGGAGAGAAAAACUUUAUUCAUUUAUGAAAAUUCCAAAAGAAGUUGAAAAAUUUAUGGCCUAUGGAUUUUUGCAAUGUGCAGAUUCUUUUCUAUUUGUUUAUACAUUUUUACCAUUAAGAUUCAUGAUGGCACUAUGGACAAUGGUUACAAGACCCCUAUGGCAUUGUCUCGGAAAGAAGAGGGAUUUAAGAGUUGGAGAACGAUACCUAAGACCAGCAGAAAUGUGUGACCUUUUAAAAGGAAUCGUGGUGAUCAGCUGUUGGGCAGCUACAUGGAAGGUUGACACUUCGAUGAUGUACCAUUUGGUGAAAAGUCAGUCUGUGAUAAAACUCUACAUAUUUUAUAAUAUGUUGGAAGUCGGUGAUAAAUUAUUCAGUGCUUUUGGGCAAGAUAUAAUAGAUGCCCUUUUCUGGACAGCUACAGAGCCUAGAUCAAAGUCACAAGCAAGAUCUCAACAUUUGGGCAUCCUACCUCAUCUAUUGUUUGCUUUUACCUAUGUUUUAUUACACAGUAUUUUGGUACUUUUCCAAGCCACAACUUUGAAUGUUGCUAUAAACAGUAGCAACAAAGCUCUGCUCACUAUAAUGAUGUCUAAUAAUUUUGUAGAAUUGAAAGGUUCUGUAUUUAAGAAAUUUGACAAGAACAAUCUCUUUCAACUAUCUUGUGCAGACGUAAGGGAACGUUUUCAUUUAAUGAUGCUCCUUCUUGCUGUAAAUCUUCAAACAAUGAAGGAAUAUGCAUGGAAAGCUGAACGACUCGCAGUGCUUCUUCCAGAUUGUAUAAUGUUGCUCUCUGCUGAAGUCCUUGUAGAUUGGGUUAAACACGCCUUUAUAACUCGUUUCAAUGAACUUCAUUCAACAGUAUACAGAGAUUAUACUAUUAAAGUAGCCUAUGAUAUGGCUCAAACUCGGCAGGAGAGCGCCUUCUCUGAUCCAUCAGAUGUAGUAGCCCGUAGGAUGGGUUUUAUUCCCCUUCCUCUAGGAGUUGCAAUAGGAAGAGUUCUUUGUACGACUAUUACACCACCUGUUCAACCAGCCAAUAUAAUUUUGUUGCUUCUAGCCUAUUUUAUUCUGGUGACAUUCAAGAUCUUAAAUAGCUUGAUAAUUCUUGGCAAAGCAUGUGAUAUAAUCUUGUCACAUUCCAAAAAAUCGGACAAUAAAGUGACGUAUAAUUGUAUGGAAUAGUAUUUGAAUAUGAAAAAUAUGAAAAUGAAUAUGAAAAAAUUUAGAACAAAAUUGUAAUUAUGUUUUUAUGACAUUUUGUUCCUCUUCUUACUUGGGACUGGUAAUUGAUAAUUAUUGGACUAUAAAUUCAAUUAAGGACUGUAGUGUUUUACAGGAAAAGAUUUGAAUAUUAUUAUGUAUAUAAAAGAUGUAGAAAGAAAUAGUUCACAUUUAUACUUGUAUGAAAUAUUUAUAUUUAUUGAACCAGUGGUAUUUUUUAAUAUAUUAAAUAUUAGACGUACAUUUUUCAUUAA